CACCAGUCUACAGUUCUAUCGUGGAAAUGCGAUGCAGUGGCGAGAAACUAGUCUGGCCAAAAAAGCCUUCUUCGGGCUGAAAUUCCCUUUGACAUUUGCUAGUCCUGUACCACCGAGCGAUGGGGUGGCAUGUCGAGAGGUGAAGCUAAGCGCGGCUCCCACCCACUCGAAGGUGAGUCUGGAAAUCAGUCGAUUCUUGUCUUGCCUUUGCCUGCCGCCACAAUGGACCGUUGGCAACGGCGGCAUCGCAGAAUAAGGAUCUGCAAGUGGCUCGGUUGUUUUUGUCUAACUAAAGGCGUCUGUUUGUUUGCGGAUGGAAAUUGAAGCUCGGGGAAGGUCGGCAAAUCUUGGACCCCAUUUGCACGACAUCCAAUUAAGGUUUGAUAUUGAGAUUGCACGGCCGCCCGCCGCCAUCAACAAACAGCCACAUUCGACCUUGGAUCUAUUGACACUACCCCAUCACCACCCCGGCAAUGCCAUCUUUUGGGCUUCUCGCUUCCGUUAUCGACUACUUUUCUCUCGCUUGGACUAUGAUUCUUUCCGAAAUCUAGGUCUCCUCCGGCCGCCACCACCAAUAAAUGCCCCCGGUAUCGACGGAGCCUUGAUCCUAGGGUUUCGCGAACAUGACGCGCCAACGCAUGGCCCUGGUCCAUGCUAGGUGAUUCAAUGGCGGUCUUACGCCAUACCCAUCAUCCAUCCGCGUGCGAAAGGUUGCUGUAUGCCGGGGUGGGUAUGUCUUGUGUCUGUCAGUGGCGGGCCAGUCUUAUUUGUCCCCUACAAGAAGUCAAACUCCUCCCACAAACCCGAAUCUCCAUGCGCCUGUUUACAUCAGACUAUUCCAUCUUGCAUGUGUUCUGCAUAUACAAUUUCGGCAUCUCCACAAACUUUGACAUAUUUUCUCCUACUUGAUUGGCCUGACCAGGCCGGGUUUCAGUCUUUGCCCCUCCUUGUGCCUUGUUCUCCGCUGUUUUCCUCGUACUCGACCGCAAGCCUCGUCGCGGCUCUCAGCGAUCGUGGAAACACGGUUCAUUUGAACUCAGCUGGCCGUCAAGAUUUUGCCCGUCGCGUCUGAGCUCAAACAAAUCCUUCCUCUCAUUUUUUGUCUCUGCUUCAUCCUAAACCCUCACCUUACCUAUGCCUUCUACCUUGUGGUGCUCCAAACAUAAAGUCUUAACUUAUCUCAGCGCCGGCGAGCUCUAUGAGGACUCUGGCGGGAGCGGCGUCCCUUGAUCGCAGCUUGCCAGUACAUUCAAACUUUGUGUCUGGGUGAAAAGAAAAUCAACCACUCUCAGCCAGCACGUGUCAAAGUGUUACACGGACCCAUGGAGAGCCGUGUCAAAGUAUGGACGUUUGCAUCCCUGGCGAGUGGCUUCAGCACGGCUAUGAGUGUUCUAGACCUCAUCAUUGCGCUGGGAAUCAUUGACCUUGCUGUGUUGCCUGUCUUACGGAUACUCCUGCUUGUCGCAUUCGGCAUCAACAUCCUGAACCUCGCCGUCCUUGCAUACUUGUCAACUUUUUACGUCAAGGAUCUCAACAACUAUUCCCUGGGCUCAAGAACGGAAGCAUGGGCUGUUCUCGCUGGAGGCGUGGUUGCGGCGAUGGCAAGCAUGGGCGUCUCCGGCGUGGUUUGGGUGUGGCUGGUCUUGAGAAGGAAUGAGCUGCCUCACAGAAUCUUCCGUGUCGCUCCGAUCACGUUGGUGAGCGUUGGCGUGGGGACCUGGGGGUUAUCGAUUAUCAUGCAGGUUGUCUUAUUCUGUCUGCUCUGCUCAUGGACCAAGAGCGUGUUGAAGACCCGGCGAGCCAGCAGGCUUGACUUGGAUUUCGGAAUCAGAAUACCGUCAAUGUCGACGGCCCGAAGGACAAGUGCUCCACAAAUCAGUGCAUCGUUCUGUUCUCAAGCUCCUACAAUCAACUCAACUCCGAGUACACCAGUCUCGAGAAAGAUUAGAAGCCCCCCGGGCUCUUCCUCCACCAGAAUCGGCACCGGAUCGUCCAGAAACAAAAUCAUCCGACAUUCCAACCAGUCAUCAGUCGAGGCGAGCCCUCUUCCAGUAGGAGAGGCAAUAACAACCGACAGCGCAUUUGAUCAAUGGGACACGUCUUCUGUUCACCGCGAGAUGCGAGCAGUUCUGGAUUCUUCACCGCCACUCACUCGGUCGGGUCUCGAGACUAUACCGGGGAGCAGGCCGGAUUCGCCAGCGAAUGCUUUAGAUGGGCCUUUUCUCCCAGAGACGCCUGCAUCGAGCCCACCACCACGGGCAGCAACCUCAAGUUCACCAACCGCAGUGGAAUGGAGCUCCUCCCCUCGACAGCUGGGUUCAUCACCACCAUCAAGUCCUCCCAACUUUUCCCUCCCUAGACCCUCAUUAUACUACCACAAGUCUCCGCCGAAACCUCAACGGCGCGAGCCUUCUCCGCAUGAGCUGGUACAUCCAUUGUUCCGGCCUACUAGCCCUGGACCACCUCCGAUACCCCUAGGGCAAACCAUGGUGACUGUUCCGCCGCUAGCGGAGCACCUCGUCUCUCCCCAAACAAUUCGAAGACAGCGAAGUCAGGGUGCUGUUUCAUUUGGACAUCACAAGGCAUUUUCAAGCAGUGAUCGAUCCGAGUCACAGAGCGUCGAGGACAAUUUUUCAGAAAGCGAGACCAAGCGCAGUCCUUCUCUUGGAAGUCCCGGCCCGUCGAUUGUCGACGAAGACGAACUUCCUCCUAUCUUACCUGGAUUUGUGCUGUCGGCAGGCUCGAGGACCAGUCUUGUCGGAUAUGGAAAACGGAAGGGCCUCAGACAAGGCUACAGCCGAUCACAAGAGCCGAUAGUGCAUGAGGUGCAUGAUUCAGACGGGGGUUUCAUCUGAUCUUAAUGUUCUUACAUCCGCGGCUACUGGCACCGCGUAUUGUGAUGUCGUGUUUUUUGAAUGAGUUAUAUUUGAGCAAGGAGUUGGAGGCUGUUGACAUGGUUGUGGAAUAAAUGGAUAGUCGAGAAUCAAGAAGUGGGCUGACAGAUACCACAUGAUACCGAGAUAUAUGUUAAUGAGUAUUGCUAUAAUGACCUGAACUGAGAGACCGUGCGGUCUGUCUGUCAAAUGUGUAACCAA